GUUCUGCGCAUCCCCUCGCUGGCAAACACGUAGACGUGGGAUGGUUUUCAGGUUUCAGCUUCUCAUUCUCAUUCUCAUUUCCCAGUGCUCGUUUGAAUUCAGUGCUGUGUGUUGGUAGGAGAAGGUCCUUGCAAUCGACUACUGUAGUGCUGUUAUUGUUCAAAUUUAUUACAGUAAUGCAAUACUAGCAGACAGUGUUGGUAGUAGAGAGUGAACGCGUUUAAUUUUGGGUGAAGAGGGAAUGUUAGAACCGAGCUAUUUCUACUUGUCGGGAAGUUGUUUGGUUGGUUUGUGUUUAUCAUCGUCGUAUUCAAUUAGUUUUGAGUCGUGUAGUUUUCGCUGAUUGUCGCAGUACGCUAAAGCGUACAAAGUGUGUGAGUGGCAGUUGUAAAUGGUGAACAUGUCGGUGAUGCAGAUGGGCAAACGUCAGCACUGCUACCUGUGCGAUCUGCCCAGGAUGCCGUGGGCAAUGCUGCACGACUUCACAGAGGCGGUCUGCAGGGGAUGUGUGAACUAUGAGGGCGCCGAUAGGAUAGAGCUGGUGCUGGAGACGGCCAGGCAGAUGAAGAGAGCUCACGGCUUCCAGGAGAAUCGUAGUGGCGGAUCGGUGGCUGGAGGCUCACAAGGCCACAAGGCGGCCGCCGUUCAUAGGGGCAACUCCACGUCUGCCGAGCAGAACGGGGUGGAGAUCGUUGGAGUUCCACCGGUUGCUCAUCGUCAGGGAUCUCAGCAGGCAUCGGCACCUCCCGGGGCAUCUUUGCAUCUAGGAUACGCCACGCUACACCACUCCCGUCCAGGAAUACAUUCGGAAUACGCAACACCACCUCCUCCGCGAGGCUCCAGAAACUCGGAAGAUCACGACACGUCGUUGGUGUCGAGGACGACCGUCCGCCUGCCAACCCACCUCGCCGCACACCAUCUGCCUCAGAGCCGUCCCAACUCGCUUACUCAGCAGACGAUCGGUCUGAAGCGGGGACUAUCGGCUUCGGCCGAAGACGACGACAGUCAUGGACACGGGACCCCCGGUCACCACCCUCAUGCGACAGCCUCCAACGGUGAGGGCCCCGCCAAACGCAUGAUGACCGUCGAGGAGCAUGGGGCCAAUCGCCCCCCCUUGACCCGCGGCGAGUCGCUACCGGCCGUCAGCCUGGCCGUGCCCUUCGAUAGGGCGGCCGCCUUCAAGACUGAACCCAAGCACCAGCCCAUCAGAGCUCCGUCUUUCGAUACUGCCACCUCGUUCAAGCCCAAUGGUUACCCGGGUGCUUCGUUGAGCAACGGCACAGCAGGGGGCGCAGCGUCGCCCCUGGGCCCGCGCACGGGCUCGCCCCCCGACCAGCAGCAGACAGGGACCAGCAACGGGGGGGCCAACCAGGGCCAGUCGCCAAUGGCCGCUCUCAUGUCGGUGGCCGAUAACAUCCCGCCCGGAUCGCCGCGAAGCACGGGUGGCAGUCCCCCGGGAACUGCAGCGGGUCCCCGGUCCGCGUCAAGGGGGUCCCAGCAUUCUCCAAACUCGUCAGGUUCAUCGAGCGGUAGGCGAUCGAGCGGAAGCCGCCACGUGAGCUCGACAACGGUGACGUCGAGUGAAGGCGGAGGCGGAGGUGGAGGAGCGGUGAGCGGAGGCAGCGGAGCGGUGAGCGGUGGAGGCGGCAGUGAGCCUCUGGAGGCGGCAGCAGGCGGAGGCAGCGUGCCUCAGACGGGUGCCACGGGAGCGACGGGUGCGGCUGCAACGGCCGUGCCGCAGACGACACUCAAGUGCACUCUGUGCCAGGAGCGGCUGGAGGACACCCAUUUCGUGCAGUGCCCGUCUGUGCCGCAUCACAAGUUCUGCUUCCCCUGUUCGCGCGACAGCAUCAAGCGCCAGGGAGCUGGCUCUGAGGUUUACUGUCCGAGUGGCGAGAAAUGUCCGCUGGCUAACUCAAGUGUUCCUUGGGCGUUCAUGCAGGGCGAAAUAGCGACAAUCCUCGGCGAAGACUUCAAAGUGAAGAAGGAACGAGAAACGUAAGGAGGGAGUGAAAUCCCUCUUUAAAUCUCUGGCUGUUCUGGCCCUUUGUACUACAGAACAGAAUCGGUUCUGUAAAAAUAGCCAUCGAUUGGUAUUGUUAAGUUGGCUAUCGCAAUGUCGUGGUUAUAUAUUGUAAGGCGUUCCCAUGGUGUGUACAGGUUUUGUCGUUUGUUACUGGAGAUGAGUCGGGUUGAAAGAUGUGAUCCCACCAACUGAUUUACUCAGUUUACAAUUGAUGUCGAACGGGAGACCCCGUUGAGGUUGACGUUUGUAAAAUGUAACUGAGAUUGUAAUAUAAAACACACGCUGUUCCUUGUGUAUAAUGCUGUACGUACAACCCUUAUAUCAGCUCAUAUUUAUCGAUUGUUGUGUUAUAAAACAACACAAGUCGAUUAAAUUGAAGAGAAUAUGUACAAAUUACUUGUAGCUCUUGUUCCGGAUCAUUGUAUGAUUGUAAAUUAUCGCGAAUAGAUUGUAUUAUAUAGAAAGCGUUUUUAUUUUCAAUUAUUUUUUUGAUAUUUUAAGUCUUGUUUUUGAGUGUCUAUUAUCAUAUACUACUCUUCUUGUUGUUUCUAUCUUCCAGUUUUGGAUUUUUAACUUUUUUUUAUCAUUCCAUUUGAAAUGUUUUCUUUUGUUUCAAAUCCCUUUGUACAUUUACGAAGAUUCCUAUUUUCUUUCAAAACUGUCUCGAAAUCUAUAAUUUUUUUAGAGUAAUUAUUAAUUCAUUACCCACUGUAACUUGAAACUAGUAUUGUAAAACAAUAAACAAUACUUUGUUGCUUCUACUUUAUUGUUUCUUGAGUUUUCCCUGUUUGAAACUGUUUCAAUAAUAAUUUACUUUAAUUCAACCUUUUGUCAGCUGAACAUUUUUACCCCCAAUUGUUUGUCUUGGUCCUUUGAUAGUAAUAGGUCUAAGUUUAUUGAAUGGUGCUGUAAUAUCACUAGGAUAAAUAGUUGUCUAUUCAUUAGAGAAAAAAUCAUAGUGAUUGCACUUGAUUUCAAUUUAGAAGCGUUUCCCAGUAACUUUCGAAAAGUGGAAAGUGAAUGAUUUGACGAUCUUUGCUCUACAUCCCAAACAAAGUGCUAUGCAGUUCAAUAGAGAUUGAGCCAAUCCUGCUGCAAAUGUUCUUUCCAUUAUUCAUAAUCUUGAUUAUCAUGAAUAAUUCAUUUGUGAUAGUACAAUCGACUUCUUGAAAUGUUAAGGUCACCAUCAUAAUUUAAAAACAUUUCCCAUAAAUACUUCCACGUAACGGUCGUAACCAAAGACAUUUUUAAACCUUUUUACUCAGGGUAUUAAUUUUUGUUCUUUCAUCACAUUUUCCAAUGUCAUAUACCUUAAUCUUGGAAGUUUUCACUUAGAGAAUAUUGUUUUCAAUUUUAUAAUCCUUCCAGGAUCUUCUAUUACAUUAGAAAGACAUUACAUAUUUCUAUUGUUCAUCAAUAUAGAAAAUUCUAAAUUUAGAAUAUAGGUAGUAAUAGAAUAUUUCCCUCACACUUUACAUCUUGAAAUAUUUCUAAUGGGAAUUAUAUCUCACAGUGGAUUAAACAAAAAAUCAUAAUGUUAUAAAUGAAUACCUAUAAAUGAAUAUCUGUACGCUAUCCUCGUAUUUAAAUUCAAUCAGAUAAAUGAAGUUCAAUUUUUCCCAAUCCAGCUUUUUCAAACGAAUUGCCCCAUUGGUGAUCAAUAACCAAUAGAAUAAUCCGUAUACAUUUUCUAUCACAACAUAAUUGCAGUAUUUAAUCGAGAACAUUUUUUUGAUAUAUAUAUAUAUACAGUAAAGUAUAUAUUUAUUUAUUUUUCAAAGCCUUUUCUCAGGCUAUGGACGAUUUAUUUUUUUUCACCGAUUGCUUCAAAAUAAAUCGUCCCAGGGAAUAAUUUUAAAAAAGGAACUCCAAAACUCGCUGGUGUGCUUAGAGAAUUGUCAAUCAACUUAUUAUUAAUUACUUAUUAACAUAUUUGUUGAAUAGAAGUAUAAUUAAUCGUUAAAAAUUCAACAAAUGAACGGUUUUUUGCAGUUUCCUCGUGCGUUGUAACGCAAGCAUUAGGUCAGCCCAAUUUAUAUAAAUAUGUUGAAAAUAUUAUUAUCGAUAAUACAUUUAAGAACGUUAUUUAGCUUAUAAGAACUAAAUUAUAAUCAACUCACAGUGCAAAUUGGAAUUUUUAAUAUUGUUAUUUGUAAGUGACUCAUUUGCGAUUAAGUACGGUAUGAUAUUCGAUAAAAUUAUAUAGAAUAGACUAAAAAACGUCACGGUAUCUGUAAAUAUGUAAAUUAUUGAAAGCAUUACUUUAUCUCUCCUAAAUGAAAUCUCUCCUGCUGAAAUAGCAUUUUGGGGAGAUUCAUACAAAACAGAAUGUCACUAAAGUAGAUUAUAACCAUUAUCAGGUACAAUUUAGAUUUAAAAAUUUAGGGUUAAUCGUAUUAUAGUAUGAAAAAUUCUAAGUUUUCUGUUGAGUUGUUUGCACAGUUCUAUUUCUAAAAUGAAAUGACCAUUUUAUAUAAGAUUCGUUCCACUGUAGAGAAUGAUGUGUCUGUUGUUUUGUAAUAGCGCGUACAAUAUUAAAAUAGAAUAAAUUAUAAAGAGAGGAGAGCGGUAAUCGCGUCCACUCAAAUAUCAUCCAUAAAUUAUAUUGCCCUGUAGAUUAGAAAAAUAUUGGAUAUGUAUGUAAAUACUUAUUAUUAAUGUAAAAUUGAGUCAUAUAUAUGUGAAUUUUAUUUUGGGUAGUUGAAACGUAUUUACACGAUUGUAUUGUCAACGUUUCUAAUUUGGACUUACUCCUGCGAUGAUUGCUAAUAAUUAAAAUGUAAAAAUUUCUCAUAAAAUAUCGUAAGCAAUUUAUGGUUUUUUCCAUUCCCAAAAUUAUUAUUUGAUCUGUAGUUCAAUUUUUUAUAUAGUAGAUGAAUAAUAUCCAUUUAUAUGUAUAUUAUAAACAAGAAACUGCUUUGUAGUUGAUACUGAAAUAUGUUGGUAGGCUGAACCAAAAGAAUAGACUAAUCCCUUGUGCAAGAACCUGAAUGUAUAGUAACAGUGUAUUAAUGUAGAUUUGCUGCAUCUAUAUGUUUUUUAAUAGAAUCGUUUUUUUUCUCUAAAUUUUAAACCGAACUAGUAAACGACUUCGGAUACCGUAUAUAUUUUUUGAAUUGCGUCCAUAACCCUUGAACAUACAAAGUACGACCUAUGUCAUUUCUUCCAUCUAUUGUUUGAUAAAUAAUGAUUAUGGAUAAAAUCAUCUAUAUGAAUAACAGAUCACAAUAUUAUUAAUAAUGUCAACUUGAUUUCCAUGUUUUUGAACUCAUUCAUUACAUAAUAUUAUUGUUGUAAUAAAAUUACAUAGAAAUGUAGCAUCCUUUAGAGGGAUUUACUGCUUUCUUUUGUCAGGACUUUGUUUGUCUUGUGACAGAGUACUGUGUGUAAGAUGUUAUUGUAGGAAUAAGCAUGCAAAAGUUUAGUAAUAUAAUAUUACCAGUAAAUAAUGUUAUGCCAUCCCGCUAGUGUAAUGUUGAUAUGGUAAUACAAAUCAGUAUUGUUAGGUUUCAGAUUAUGUUCGAAUUAUCAAGUUUAUAUUUUCCAGCUGCAAGAAACUUUCAGUAAAAUUAGGAAUUAACGAAGAAAUUAAGUACGAACUUGCACAAUGCCCCAUUUUAAUUCAGGGAAAAUAUCUCAUUGAUUACUUACCGUACUUUGUAUAUUAUUGCUAUUAUUAGAUAGUUAUGUUGACAGUAAAGUUGACUAUUUGUUAUUGAAUAUAGAUUAUCAAUAGUAUUUUUAUUAUAACAACUUCAAUAUGUUAUUAAGUUUCUUUUUAUGUAGAUGACUGACUGAUUAUACUGUGAUCUUAGAGGUGAAUGUUGAUUAAAACAAAAAUAUUGAUAUUGGCCUACAGUAUAUCAAUAUUUAUUGAACUGGUUUUACAUUUUUAUAUGUGUUUGAUAGAAUCGGAGAAGUAAUCAUGGAUUGGGUAAUUUGUGAUGUCAAUCAUCAAUAAUUGAAAUAGUUAUUCAAAAUAACUCAACAACACGGAAUAUCACUAACUAAUAUAUUCAAUAUAGGUGUACAUACACUAUUAUCUCUGAUCCACUAUUAUCUACAAAACUUUUUUUAACUAGUUGGUCGUAAAUUUUGAACAUUUUUAAAGUUUUGGAACUAGUUAUUUGUUUAUAAUUAUUUUCAAUUUUUAUUCCAAUGACUUCAUACGAUUCUUUCAAGGCAUGACACUCAAUAUUCACUACUGUAAACCAAAUGAAUUGGAAGCCAUCAUGAUCAUAGUGAUUUAUACGUUAUAAAAGGUUGGUUGAAAGCUGAAAUAAUGUAUGUUAUUUCAAUAAAAUAUGUAUGAGGUACUGGUUACCUUGUUACAGUAAAGACUCGAAUUUCUUUAAAAAAAAAAAACACCAAUAAAUAAAUCUAAAGAGGUUGGGAAUGUUGAACGGGAUUUAUGUGGGUGGAGUUGGUGGAGUUGAAGGGGAUGAUAUUUUGUAAUUAUUAAUGAUAAUGGUAUCCAGAUUUGAUUUGAAAAUAUAUUCCUUCUCGGAAGUGAACCACCUUCAUAGGAAUUAAAGUUAGUUUUCUAUCUUAGUGAGAUUGUAUUUUUGUAUUAUGUAGAGUGAGACUUUGAGGAACUUGAGCGUCAAUUUUCUAGUCAAAAGUGGUCUAAAUGCUCCAACUGAGGCACCUUUAAUAAUUCUUCACGGCUGAAAGACGUGGUAGUUGAAAGGUGAACCUCACAUUUCGAUUGGGGGAAGCAUUUUUAAUCGGUUCAGUUUUAUCUUUUAAUUGAAUAAAAUUCAUUCAAGUCCUUGCAAAAUUAUAUCACCAUAUUUUAAUCAAUUUUCAACCAACUCAUAUCAUAAUGUGUAGGUUGGGACCUAUGAUGUGUAAAAUUAUUUAUUUAAAAUUAUGUACUUUUUUAAUAAACGUAUGGAAAUUAACGAUACCAGUAUUUACUUAUAAAAAAUUCAAUUCUUUCAAAUAAUUGAGAAUCAAACAGUAAUUCGUAAAUUAAAUGUAAGAUUGAUGUGUACCAUAAUAUAGAUUACAAUUUUUUUUAUGGAUGGUUGGAUAAAUUGUGAUUGUAAAAUAUAAAACUAUCUGUUUUCA